GUUUUCAAGAUGGCAGCAUGUUGUGAUCAAGAUGCAGAGGAGAAAGUUUCAGACGAAAAUUGUACUUCUCAGUCACAGUUUAAUUUUCUUUCACUUAUAAAGGGUCCUGUAGCAAAUGUCAGUCCCACAUGUUUGAUGUCUAAAAAUCAAGAUCAUGAUAAGAAAUCAAAUAAAGAAACAGAUGCUGCUUUAGCUGAAUUACCAGAGGAUGAGUUGCAAAAGCUGUUAGAAGAAGCAGUAACUUUUAAUAGACCCAGUAGUGAGGACAGCUACUUACUUCAAAAGUUAAAAGAAGAACACGCAGAACUAUGUAAAGAUGUUAACCAGCAUUCUUCUCUUAAACCAGAUGUGUCAGGUGGGACUCGGAACCGACAGCCACGAAGUGGACUUAAUGGGACAGCUUCUAAAAGUAGGGAUGUUUGUAUGAAUGAGUUCCUUUCAUGUAACUCUAGUGUCUGGGGUACUGUUACCAGAGUGGGUGAUAUUGUUGGUCGAAAAAGAUCUGGUUUGUCGGGACGAAACAGAGAAGACUGUAAUGUGAAAGGUAUUGUUACAGCAGCAUCAAAACAACGUAAAUCUCAGUCUUCACUAGAUUUAACUGCUGCCAGGUCUGAUCCAUUUGAUAUGAUGAGGUCAUCAGGGAAGGGGAAGGGAGGUAAAGGUCUUAGAGCAGAACGUGCCAAGUCUCUCUCAGACUCUCCUUCAGAAGUUAGAUUUCUUAAAGACAACAGUCUUCAUAUUACUAGGACAAGUGAUUUAUCAUUAAAACAUAUAUCAUCUAGUGUAGACACUAUGGCUGAUAAGAGCUAUUCAUUAAGAAAAACAGACAGUUCUGCAGUCACAAAUAAAAGGUCUGUGCAUAUUCCUUCCAAUCAAAGUGAUCUUUCUAGUCUCGUACUUGAUGGUUUGUCCAAUCAUCUUGAUAGUUCCCAUUUGACCGUCAGAAAUAAAACCUGUGAUCAUUCUUUAUUAGUUGACAACCAAGACAAAAUAGAAAAAGUGUCAGAUCUUGUUACCCGUGUCAAUCCUUCAGACUUUAGGGAGGAAGACCUUAGAAACAUGAACAAUUGUCCAGAAGAAUUUGAAAUGAAGGAGAUUAGAAAAAGUAAGAGUAUGGAGGAACCAAUAAAUGAAAAAUCCCCUUUUCUUAAAGCAUUUCCUUUGUCAUCUGAUAGUCGCUAUAGUAGACGUAAAAGUGAUGGUGAUGGGGAUGAUAUUCGACCUGGUGAAGUUGAAGUUGAUGACAACACAGCGAUGCCCCGUAAGCUGUUAGACUAUAAUGCAGAGUUUGUGGAGAAAAAUACUGACAAAAAAGCUCGACCUGAAGCUAGUUAUUACAGGCCUCGGUUCGGAGGGAACAUCGUGAAUUUAGGAAUAACAUCAUCAUGUUCUGUACUAGAUGAGGGACUCUAUUUAAGUAAUCAGUUGGGAAACAAAGUUGAUGAUAAAAAUCAGAAGAAAAAAAAGAAAGGAAUGUUGCUGGGAGGAUCAGAAGACAACAGAAUUCUGUCAAAUGUAGAUAUCAAUGGAAAUAAUAGGUCAGAAACAAGUGAAAUAUUUUCUCCCGAAGCACCCCUUUUGAAAAAUGACAGAGUAAACCGAAAAAGUAAGCGAUCCCGAGGAAACAUAGAUAACCAGAAUGUCAUGCUUGCUAAGGACAUUGCUGGACACAGAUGGGAAGAAAACAUUGACUCAUUGCUGGCAUACAUCAACUCUUCUGACAAGAAAGGAAAGGGAGCAACAAAUGGGAACAACGCUCUUGGACAUGUGGCUUCAUCUUUAACAAAACCAUCGGUUAGUCAAGAAUUGGAAAAAAAAAAGGAAAGGUGUCUUCAAAAGAGAGUAAAAAUGUACAGAACUGUAAGAAUCUAAGUAACAAUAAAAAAUAUAGCAAGUUUAAUAAC